CUUAUUCUAUAAAGCACAAAUUACUUUACUUGUAUCUUUUAGGAAGCGCCAGAGAAUGACUGAAACUGGUGAUGGACACAUUCAGCACCUUUUUUAUGCAAAAUCAUAGUAAUUAUUAUGAGACUGAGAAUAUUACGACCACACGUGAUUUAUCCCCUGACUUAUGUUUUAAUAUCAUCAUCUCUUGUUAUCCAUUACGCAUGCUUAAACGCACUAUGCAGGUGUCUGAAACUGCAGAUGUAAGCUUAAUGAUUUCACUCAGGACUCCAUGUUGCAGUGUUGCAACAUUUGCAUGACAUUAAGAUUAAUUAAGGUUCAUCUCGACUAGUAAACUGUAAUCAACUCCAAGGCUGGAUCACAUCCUUGAAUCAUCCUCUCCACUUGUCCUGACAGGGCGGGGUGAGCGCAUGUGCCAUCCCGGCUCCUAUGGCAACCCCGAUAGAUCAGCUCCAUCGAUAUUCACGUUAUUAGAAAGCGGCGAGCUGAUGAUCGGUGAUGUCAGCGCUCUUUGAAUGCAGUCGCCAGCUGCGUGCAUGUGUGUCAUCACCUUGCACUGACAGAGAGCUCAGAUAUUUUGGGGAGGUGGAGAUCAUGCUUUGUCAUUGAGGAGCUCAGCAGCAGCAGCAGCAGCAGCAGCAGUUCUCCCACUCCGGCACGUCCGACGCUCAGCAUGCUGCAUCCUGAUGCGCUCUCAUCUGCACGCCGUGGGUUCACCUGGAUUUACACGCAUUUCUCGUUUACCUCCUUUACAUUACCGUCGGAUUGAAGGGGGGCACGUAUUGUUGACGCAUCUCAAUGUUUGAAUCAGGGGGAGAGAGGCACGUCCCAAGUGUCAAAUAAGAUACAACCUGUCCUGCGGAUGCGCCGUCACUGUUUUGCCUCCAGUGGCACCCCCCACAAGUGUAUGAGAUUCAUGAUUCAUCCCUCUGUUUUCACGGGCUGUCCAUAGAGCGCAUUUCUUCUCCUUCUUCAAAAAUGGAAAGAUUCCAGUCUUCCAUGCGCAAACGGCUCUACAGCUUGCCGCAAAACAUUGGGCAAAAACCCUUUGUGACUGACGAAGGGGACGGCGGCGACAAGGACACCAAGAGGAAAAGUAUUCGGCUAAAACAUUUGGCGUCUCCGUCUCCUGCAAGCAGUUGCAAGAGCAUCGAGGAGGUCAGGAGCGAAGACUUGGGAAGGGACGUUAUUGUGAAGACCAACUUGAACGGAGACUGCCGCUUAUUCAGGGGCAGCAUCUCUUCCAUCACCGGGCGGCAUGCUGCAGGGUCAGAUCCAGCGGAGCAGCGGCGCCUCAUCAGCCCCGAGGCUGAUGCGGGUGUCAGCGAGAGUUUCCCCGGUGAGCACGGCUCCGGGGCCCAGCAGCAGCAGCGGGCAACUGGUGAUGUGAGUGGUGCAACCGGGCAAGCAUCUGUGUUUGAUCAGUCAAGUUUCAUCAAGUUGGAGGGCAGCGAGCAGAUUAUACCCGAGGACGACCGACUGUAUCAAGCUGGCUUCAUGCACCGGCAGUUUGGGGCGAUGCUCCAACCGGGAGUCAACAAGUUCUCCCUGCGGAUGUUGGGGAGUGAGAGGGCCGUGGAGCAUGAGAGGGAACGAGUAAAGUCUGCUGGCUUCUGGAUAAUCCACCCGUACAGUGAUUUUAGGUUUUACUGGGAUCUGACCAUGCUGCUUCUGAUGGUGGGAAACCUCAUCAUCAUCCCUGUGGGCAUCACCUUCUUCAAGGACGAGCACACGCCCCCAUGGAUCGUCUUCAAUGUGGUCUCGGACACCUUCUUCCUCAUGGACCUGGUUCUCAAUUUCCGCACAGGCAUCGUCAAGGAGGACAACACGGAGAUCAUCCUGGACCCACAGCAGAUCAAGAUCAAGUACCUAAAGAGCUGGUUUGUGGUGGAUUUCAUCUCCUCCAUACCUGUGGACUACAUCUUUCUCAUCGUAGAGACACGCAUCGACUCGGACUUUUACAAGACGGCCCGAGCCUUGAGGAUCGUCCGCUUCACCAAGAUCCUCAGUCUACUGCGGCUGCUGCGCCUCUCCAGACUCAUUCGCUACAUCCACCAGUGGGAAGAGGUUUUUCAUAUGACCUAUGACCUGGCCAGCGCCAUGGUGCGUAUCAUGAACCUGAUUGGUAUGAUGCUGCUGCUGUGUCACUGGGAUGGCUGUCUGCAGUUCUUGGUUCCCAUGCUGCAGGACUUCCCUCCUGACUGCUGGGUCACUAGAAACAAGAUGGUGAAUGACACUUGGGGUCAGCAAUACUCCUACGCCCUGUUCAAGGCCAUGAGUCACAUGCUGUGCAUCGGGUAUGGCCUGUACCCCCCCAUCGGCAUGGCUGACGUGUGGCUCACCAUCCUCAGCAUGAUUGUGGGCGCUACCUGUUUCGCUAUGUUCGUGGGUCAUGCGACUGCACUCAUUCAGUCUCUGGACUCCUCCAGGAGACAGUACCAAGAAAAGUAUAAACAGGUGGAGCAGUACAUGUCUUUCCACAAGCUCCCUGCCGACAUGCGUCAGAGGAUCCACGACUAUUACGAACACCGCUAUCAGGGCAAGAUGUUCGACGAGGAGAGCAUUUUGGAGGAGCUGAAUGAGCCACUGCGAGAGGAGAUCAUCAACUUCAACUGUCGUAAACUUGUGGCCUCCAUGCCUCUGUUCGCAAACGCCGAUCCAAACUUUGUCACCUCCAUGUUAACAAAACUGCGCUUCGAGGUGUUCCAGCCCGGCGACUACAUCAUCAGAGAGGGAACCAUCGGCAAGAAGAUGUAUUUCAUCCAGCACGGCGUCGUUAGUGUCCUGACCAAAAGCAGCAAAGACACCAAGCUGUCCGACGGCUCUUAUUUUGGAGAGAUCUGCCUGCUGACCCGAGGCAGGAGGACAGCCAGCGUGCGAGCAGAUAACUACUGUCGGCUGUACUCUCUGUCAGUAGACAACUUCAAUGAGGUGCUGGAGGAGUAUCCCAUGAUGAGGAGGGCCUUUGAGACUGUGGCUCUUGACCGCCUGGACCGCAUCGGCAAGAGGAACUCUGUUCUUCAGCAUAAAGUCCAGCAUCACCAAAGUUCUGGCACGCUAAACUUCCAAGAGAGCGAGAUAAUCCAAAGAAUAGUGCAACAUGACCGUGACAUGGCACAAUGCACGCAACUGAUCCAGACAAGCCUGAACCCUCCCCCUGCUCCUCCAUCACCCACCCCGGUCAUCUGGGCCCCGCUGGUUCAGGCUCCGCUCCAGGCUGCUGCUGCCACCACCCCGCUGGCUCUGGCCUUAGCUCACCAAUCCCAGCUGCCUCCCAUCCUCUUCCACCAUCCUCUGGCAGCAGGCUCCCUAAAGGACCCCACCGGCCAUCCAAAGAGGGUCCUCCUUGGAGCAAACACGUCCAGCAGCUGUGGUUCAGGGCCCGCUUCUCCUGCCAGCUCUACCAAAUUCAGAUCUGGGUUUGAGACUCCCUCCCUGGCGUCCCUCAGGACACACCACCUCUCAGCUGGGUCCGUGUCACCCACACUGAUGUCCCAGCCCAUCUUCACCAGCAGCCUUCAGCCUCUGGGCUCCAUGCCCUCGCACCAGCCUCCGCCUCAUCCUCCCCACUCCGGCAUAGCCUCAGUCUUCCCCAUCAGCCAGGCCACUGUCUCCUACACCUGCUCCGCUCAGCUCCACUCUCAGCCCUUCCAUGGUGCUAUGACCACCCCACCACACCCGAUAGGUUUACUCCAGCAGGGGGUACCAGGGAGGCUUGUAGGGAGAUUCCCAGCACCCUUAGCCUCCACCAUAAGUCCGCUGAUCUCCAGCUCAGUCGGGCCAAUAUUAAGCCAGCUGCAGCAGACCUCGCAUGCCACCCCCCAGCAGAUGGGUUAUAGUCAUGACAGAGCAGGCAGGACAUCCAGUGGUCUGAACCUCCCACAUUUCCCCUUCAUCACCAGCACCCAGCCCUCCAGUGGAUUUAUUCAGCCAAGGUCUGCAGUCGGAGCUGGGGCUGCAGCCUCCCUGGCGCAGCACAGCCUUGCAGGUCUCCAGUCUGUUUUCCUCCCGCAGGUUCUCCCUGAGCACUCGGCCCUCGCCUCCCUGGCCCAGUAUGGCUCCGCCGAGGCCUCACCCUGCUACACGCCUCCAGCCCACAGUCCCAGCAUACAGAGCCCUGUUCGGGGGAGGACAGUUUACCACAGUGAGCUCCCCAGCACCGUGGGCUCACACAGUCCUCUAACCCCGCAGACCUCAUGCCCUGCCAGGGUGGCCUGUUCCCUCAAAGAGAGGGCAGAGUCCUCGGUGGAUCUCUUUACCCAGGAAAUAAAGACUAUCUCAGGCUCUCACAGCUCUAUACACCAGGAAAGGCCUUUGGCCAUGAGCGGCUCCUCAGAGAGGGUAGGGGGGUCACUGAACCCCUUCUCCUCCUCCAUGGCUGUCAGUAAACCGUUCAGCCCAAUCCCGGGUCAAGCCACUCCUGUCAGUCGGACACAUUCAGGACCCGAACCUCAGAACCAGUCUGUUGGUGUCCACUCGCCGCAUGCUAGAUCCCCUGCUAAGAUGUUAGAGACCGAACACAAACAGUCCAAACUUCCAUCCAACUUGUGAGGUUCAGACACACCCUCCUUUAAUGCCUGAACAAAAAGGAUACGUCUCCUCCGUGGCAUUGUUUUAACCACUAUUUUGUCAAAUGUUAAAGUAGGAGGGUGUGUUACUCUAAUCAGUUUGGAGAUUUCGUUUUUAAAUCAGAUUGAAUGGCUCGUGGAUAAUAACGGACGAUGAUGGAUAUUUUUUUCUACGGGAUAUUGCAUCUUUGAAUAUAGUAAUAAAAAUCCAAAACCUAUUGAUGGGAAUAUAUAGCACCUCAUGAAAAUAUCAAUUGUUCUGUGUAUUGUAUUAUAGCCACACUCUGUGAUUUGUUUGUAUUUGUUUAAACCCCAUUGUCUAGGCAGUUUUUGUGUAACCUUUUAGCUACACCUGUUAAGUUUUUUUGUUUUUGUCCACAAGUGUAUCCAGUUUUGAUUGAAACCAAAAAUUAUCGUCCUUUUUUUUUUUUUUUAAAUGUCCUUCCCCACCACUUGAGUGUGUCGUGUGAAUGCAAGGUUACCCCUUAAGAGAUUAGAGGAGAUGCAGACUGUGCACUUUGCUCGUUUCAGAGAUCACCUAACGUAACGGUUUGAUGAUGACAGCAAGUCUUCCAAGAUAUCGUUUCAGCAAUAUUGCACACCCAAAAAUGGGUCACACAAAUCAAAUCACAUAAAAAAAAACUGAAGUAAUGAAUGUAAUGUUUGUCUGUCCGAGUGGGAGAAGUGGGAUUAAUUUCUGAAUGUGUUGAACUUGAAGGCGACGGUGGUUGAUGGUAACCAGUUUCAGAGACAACGCACACAUUUCCGUUUUUGUCCCAGCACGGCAAGACGAGGCGCACGACCUGAUGCCAACUCAUUUCAGGCUGACAAUAACUGUUUUACAGAACAUACACCUGAGCCAAGGUUUGUGUGCCAUCAGCAUAGUAUGCAAUAAUCUGUGUGUUUUUUUUUUUUUAAAGGUACUGUGAAUCGAAGCACCUGAGUCAACUGUUUCUAGUUUAGAACUGAUUAAAACAAGGGAAUUAAAUGGAAUAACAAGUGGAUAAUCAAACCUCCUGAAACCAGCAAUGCACGAAGACUGAUCUGAAUGUUUCUUGCACCAGUCAAAGGGCUAAAAGCAGUUACUUGGACACACGGUUAACAAGAAACCCUGAUGGGUCAUAUUGCUGCAUAUUUACCUCUUUCAUUUUACAUUAUUUGAUUGUAAAAUUUGACAUCUGUUGUUGAACAAUUGCUGCUUUGUGAUGCUAUGCUGAAUCAAUAAGACGUGUAUCACUGACUGCUUUUCUAAAAAAAAAAAAACCUUAAAUCCUUCUACUUGUUAAUAAGUUCAUGUGUUUAGAUGAUACUUCUCUCUCUCUAUGAACCUGUGGCCGGCGAGGAACUGUGAGCAGCAAGCUGGUCAGCAGGUCAAACCAUCGGAGGGUUCCUGUCCAGUGGCUUUAGCUGCCUGGUUACUGAACGUAAGGUUUGUUGUGACCUUUUGUGUGCAUUCAACUUAAAGGUGUGUGCAGGAGAGGGGGUGUCAGUCAUUCAUGUAUUUAUAUAUUUAUAUCUCAUUUUGCUGCCUUUUAACCAACAAAUCUGAUGAUUCCAUCACCUAUGUAUGUUAGGCAUCUUUCAUUUUAGCUACUGAAUUCAAUGCAAUAAAAUAAC